AUGGCGAAGCAAGGUCAAGAAGCCAUGAAGAAGGCGCUCCAGAAUGCCAAAGGUGCGGGUGCUGGGAUUGGUUUAAUUGCUGCAGCUGGAGCUGCCGUUUAUGGAAUCUCCCAAGCUAUGUUCACCGUGGAUGCUGGUCAUCGAGCCAUCAUGUUCAAUCGAAUUGGUGGGCUCUCUAAUGAUGUUUACAAAGAGGGGCUCCACUUCAGAGUUCCAUGGUUCCAGUAUCCCAUAGUAUAUGAUAUUCGUGCUCGACCAAACCAGAUACGAUCUCCGACUGGUAGUAAGGAUUUGCAAAUGGUCAACAUAGGGUUGCGUGUCUUGUCUCGACCAAAUCCAGAGCAGUUAGUCAGGAUUUAUCGCACACUAGGACAAAAUUGGGAAGAAAGGGUCCUUCCGUCCAUCUGUAACGAGGUUUUAAAGAGUGUCGUAGCAAAGUUCAAUGCUUCGCAGCUUAUCACACAGCGCCAACAGGUUUCAAUGUUAGUUCGCAAAGCUUUGAUUGAACGUGCAUUGGACUUCAAUAUCAUUCUUGAUGACGUCUCACUGACUGAGUUGGCGUUUUCCCCACAGUAUUCAGCGGCUGUUGAAGCCAAGCAGGUAGCUGCGCAAGAAGCUCAACGAGCAUCUUUCCUAGUUGAAAGGGCGAAACAACAAAGGCAGGAGAAAAUUGUACAAGCUGAAGGAGAAGCCGCGUCUGCGAAGCUGCUAGGAGAAGCAAUGAAAUCGGAUCCCGGGUUUUUGAAGUUACGAAAAAUACGUGCGGCCCAGACGAUCGCACGUGUCGUCUCGGAAUCUAAUAACAACAAGGUUUACCUACCCGCUGGAGGUCUUAUGUUGAACAUUGCUGAUUCUGAUUACAUGGACAUCAACGAUGGAAAGAAAAGACGAUAA